AUGGCAAGUAGCGUCGAUAAUAAGGACAUCCCCAUCGCAGAGCUGGUCUGGGAGGAUCUGCACGCCAACGUACGGCGUCGUGUGGGUAGUGACAACACAUGUACCGAACUGUCUCUGGGUGGGCUCUACUGCAAUGACCUGUACUCAGAUAGCACGCACUUCAAGGCAGUUAUUGAGCCAAGAGAUGCGGGAAGCCUGCCCAGGCGAGACUCACAGCGGUCUAUGGGACUAGCCUCACUUUUGUCGGAUAAGAAGGUCACCUCAGCCAAACGGAUGAGUGCGUUGCUGAUUAAAGAGGAACGCAAGCCAUUGUUUUCUCUGAUGUUAGACGACAAUCCACUCGACAGGAAGGCUGACAAGCGCUUGGUGGUUAAUUCACGGGCACUGGUGAUGGUAUACAAUCAAGCAUUCCUCAAUCGACUGGUCACAUUCUUCACCAUCCCCGACGAGCUUCAGGUCCUUGGGUGUACUAUCAAUCCGUAA